GGCAACUGGAGAGGGCGGGGUCAUGUCUGAAUUGCUGCUGUGAGUCACCGGAGUGCUGCCCAGGAAAGGCAGGGCUGGGGUGAUGACCACGCUAACGACCCAGUGGGAUUUUGCGACAUCACCUGUGUGGAGGGACUUCGUAUCUAUGGCAACUGUCACCUGGUGGAAGGGGCGGAACUAGAUUUCCUCGGCCUGGGACGCUGACAUUCCAAGCCCUUGCCCUGCAGGCUCCCGCAGGCAGAAGCACCAAAGAAGGAAGCCAGGGAAUGGCCGCGGUGUGGCAGCAAGUCUUAGCAGUGGACGCGAGACUGAUAUUACAGUUUGCCCAGACUGACCCCAACAGAGCUGCAAAUUGACUCUAUUGUCACCAGACUGACCUUUUCAUCAUAACCACUAAUUAUUGUGUAAUUACCCCAUCACAAUCCCAAGAGAAAUCCUCCUUUUGCUGCUCUUGAUCACUCUUACCAUCCCAGUCACUGCCAAACAUUGUACCACCCUAUGCCUCGAGCUGAUUUAUUCCCUCUGUCCUGUGCCUGCUGCCUGCCCUGCCUCCUGGACCCCACAGGUACAACGCCUACCGUACACCAACGUUUCCACAGUUUCGGACCCAGUAUAUUCGCCGGCGCAGCCAGCUGCUGCGGGAGAAUGCCAAGGCUGGGCACCCCCCAGCACUGCGUCGGCAGUACCUGAGGCUACGGGGCCAGCUAUUGGGCCAGCGCUACGGGCCACUCUCUGAGCCGGGCAGUGCUCGUGCCUAUAGCAACAGCAUUGUCCGCAGCAGCCGCACUACCCUUGAUCGAAUGGAGGACUUUGAAGACGAUCCCAGAGCCCUGGGGGCUCGAGGACACCGCCGUUCUGUCAGCCGAGGCUCCUACCAGCUGCAGGCACAAAUGAACCGUGCAGUCUAUGAGGACAGGCCUCCUGGCAGUGUGGUACCCACAUCGGUGGCAGAGGCAAGUCGGGCCAUGGCCGGGGACACAUCGCUGAGUGAAAACUAUGCCUUUGCAGGCAUGUACCAUGUUUUUGACCAACACGUGGAUGAGGCAGUCCCAAGGGUGCGCUUCGCCAAUGACGACCGGCACCGCCUGGCCUGCUGCUCACUGGACGGCAGCAUCUCCCUGUGCCAGCUGGUGCCUGCCCCACCCACUGUGCUCCAUGUGCUACGGGGCCACACGCGUGGCGUCUCGGACUUCGCCUGGUCCCUCUCCAAUGACAUCCUCGUGUCCACCUCCCUCGAUGCCACCAUGCGCAUCUGGGCCUCUGAGGACGGCCGCUGCAUCCGUGAGAUCCCUGACCCUGAUGGCGCCGAAUUGCUGUGCUGCACCUUCCAGCCGGUCAACAACAACCUCACUGUGGUGGGGAACGCCAAGCACAAUGUGCAUGUCAUGAACAUCUCCACAGGCAAGAAAGUGAAGGGUGGCUCCAGCAAGCUGACAGGCCGCGUCCUCGCCCUGUCCUUUGAUGCCCCUGGCCGGUUGCUCUGGGCAGGUGAUGACCGCGGCAGUGUCUUCUCCUUUCUCUUUGACAUGGCCACAGGAAAGCUGACCAAAGCCAAGCGACUAGUAGUACAUGAGGGCAGCCCUGUAACCAGCAUCACUGCCCGGUCCUGGGUCAGCCGUGAAGCACGGGAUCCGUCACUGCUCAUCAAUGCCUGCCUCAACAAACUGCUGCUCUACAGAGUGGUGGACAAUGAAGGGGCGCUACAGCUGAAGAGAAGCUUCCCGAUUGAACAGAGUUCCCACCCUGUACGCAGUAUCUUCUGCCCCCUCAUGUCCUUCCGCCAAGGGGCCUGUGUGGUGACAGGCAGUGAAGAUAUGUGCGUUCACUUCUUUGAUGUGGAGCGGGCAGCCAAGGCUGCUGUCAACAAGCUGCAGGGCCACAGUGCACCCGUGCUUGACGUCAGCUUCAACUGCGACGAAAGUCUGCUGGCCUCCAGUGAUGCCAGUGGCAUGGUCAUCGUCUGGAGACGAGAGCAAAAGUAGGGUUCUGCCACCCUGUGGUGCCCGCUGAUCCGUCCUCUUUCACUCCAGUCUUGUGUUAUAAAUUAAAUUCCCGUGGUUGUGUUGAAGGGCAACUCCCAGGUCUCCCACAAGGAGGCAGUAGGGAGCACUCAGGCCUCCAGUGGAAUAGGGACCAGUUCCUCAAUUGUGCAGUGAUGUGCUCAUCCAUUUAGCAAGCACUUGCUGAGCCUCUGCUGUGAUGUAUCACGUAGGCAUGCAAUCAGUAGACAGGAUGGAGGGCACCAACUGUGUUGUCAGGAGCUGUUCUGAGAAGUAGAGAUACAGCUGUGGCCUCAACUGACAGAAGUUCCUACCCCUGUGGGCUUGCAUCCCAAUAGAGGAAAGCACACGGGAGACAAAAGUACAGCCAUUCCUUGGUGUAGAAUUUGCUUUAUAAUUUUUCAACUUUAUGACUUUUUGACCUUCCAGUGGUAGCAAACCACAUGCAUAUACCUAGUUCUGUUUUUCUACUUUCAGUAUGGUGUUCAGUAAAUUACGUGAGCUAGUCAACACUUUGUUAUAAAAUAGACUUUGCAUUAGGUAAGUUUGCCUCCCUGUAGAGUAAUGUCAGUGUUCUGGGCACAUUUAAGGUAGGUGACACUAAGCUAGGGUGUUUGUUAGGUUAGGUAUAUUUAUGCAUUUUUAACAUAAGAUAGUUCAAGACAGAUUUGUUGGGGUAUAACCCUGUUUGUUGAAGACACAUGUGUAUAUAAUAGGUUAUUAAAGAUGAGUGCUAUGAAAAAAAGUGAAGGGGAAAGAUGAGGUUGCAGGAACAUUAGCUUCUUGGGGCAAUAUCAUCAGGAAAGUAAUCCAAACAGGAUGACAUUUUAAAGAUCUGAAUGAAAUAAAGGAAGUCAUAGUGUAGGCUUAGGGGAACAUCCUUGACAGGAAGAAAGGUUAGUGCUGAGGCGCUGAGCCUGGAGUAGGUCAGAGUGACUGGCCGGAGUGUGCGAGUUGACGUGAGACAGGUCUUCAGGAUGUCUUGGGCCAUAGUGAGGAAGGAAGCUUUCCUUUCCUGAGUGAGGAAGAUGAGGCAGGCUCACACCACAGUAGGGAAAUUAGGUGCAGAAUGUUGAGUUCAACCCCAGGGCUUUCACUAGACUAGAUUGUGAAACUCCCCAACAUUGGCAGCUCCUGUUUGGGUGGACCCCACACUUCUCUGUGCUUUGAGCAGAAGUGCUGAGUUCUUGGAGGAGUACCAGAUUAACAUGCAGACAGCCAUGGACUCUGGGGCCGAGCCAUGCUCCUGCUGUGGGGUGGAAGAAAUAGAAAAUCUCCAAGUUCACCCCUAUCUCCUCCCAUGUCCAUCCAGGACCCUUAUUUCAGUCCUGGACCUGCUCAGAGACCAAAUACUAAUGUUUAUUAUUGGGUAUUGGCAAGGAAAUAAAUUCCCAAAUCACUCUCGGUGGUUAGGUCAUGACGAUAGUUGAAGGUUUAAAGAAUCACCAGGGGCUCUUAGAGCUCCCAAAUGCUGCUACAUUCGCAGUUGGAACUUUGGCUAACAUCUUGGGACCUCUGAGUUUCCAACCUGGUUAGCUAUGGAACUAACAGCUCUUUGAGAGAAAAAGAUAAUUUCCUAUUUGUUUCAUCUCUGGUUUAAGAGUAUGGUCACUUCCAGCCAAAAACUUUUCUGACUCUAUCAGCCCAAUCUUAGGCAAAUGGUUAUUAGAUUGGAAUGUCAGUGAGCUGGACUGGUCAUUGUAGUCAAAGUCAUACAUGUGUGCCAACAUCCCUAAUCCAGCUUCAGGGUCAGUGAUUUUUCUAUGAGGACUGUAACUUAAUACAGCUGAAAGGUACAGCAAAGGGUGCCAGACAGCAAUUAAGUGCUAAUCUUUUAAAAGAACCUCCCAAGGUUAGCAGUUCAGACCUGUGCGUUGACUCUUUUCCUGUACCAAAUGGAUGCACUUAUUCAACCAAGGUCUGUAGGUAGCAAGAGAAUUGGAGGAAAUAACAGUUUUCUCUAACUUUCUUCUUUUCUUCAUGCUCUCCAUUUUCUGGUUUCAGGAUGAUUGGUGAUGAAUAUUGUUUGCAUGAUUUUGGGGGGGUUUCCUUCUUGUGCAAUUUUUGAGGUGGCAGAGUUGACAUUCUACUUUAAAUUAUCUUGGUGACACUUUGUCUCACAACCUGAAGGAAAAUAAACACUUUGAGCAAACAAGAAAGAAUAAAAAAUAAUGUUAUUGGUCAAA